AUGGAGAAUGACGAGCGGAAAGCCAGCCUGUCAAGCCUUUUGAGGGAAUUAGAGGACAAUGCAGCCCUCAGGCUAAGGUGCUUAGCUCUUGAGGAAGAGAUCCAGCGGCUUAGUUUAGUCUUACAGAAUACACAACAGGCAAAUGAUAUCUUCUCUCCAAGACUCAAUGACACUAGCAAUACUGCAAAUAUUCCAUGUGGUCUCUGCACUAGCAUGCUUCCAAAAGUAGCAGAAUUGCAGGGAGUAGUCAACGUGCUAAAUGUAGCCGUAAAGGAAGCCGCGGCGUCUAAUGACACACCAUCAUACCGGAUUCCAUCAACACUAACAGAAAGCCUCAGAGAGGAUAUUAGAAAUGCUUAUCUUUGGCUCCAACGGAUGCUGGAGGCACAUUCAGAAGAAAUCCAAGAAGAUUGCAAUCUGAAACAAAUAUCUAUAGAGAUACUUAAAUUGCUUGCGCAGAGGGGGGAGCAUAAUAAGUUACUAGAAAACUACAAAGCCUUGGCUGCUGAAAAUGCCGAACUUAUGAAACGUAUUACACAGCUAGAAUGUAGAGACAGAGUAGGGACAGUAGGUGAAAGGUACGAGGAGGACAGCGAAAAAGUUAUGCCAGCUGAAUGUGACGUUAAGUUAUUAAACGAUCAGAUAACCACUUUGACUCAUCGCGUCGAAGCUUUAACAUUUUCGAACAGGUCUCUUAAGAACGAGUUGCUAAUUAAAACAAAAAGUGCAUCAGCUUUAGAGUCUAAGCUUGAGAACUAUAUUGCCAUACAGCAAAGCUAUCUGGCUGUAUGCGACAAGAUAGAGGAGCUAUGCGAGCGCACCGUUUACAGCAAUAGAGAAGAUGAUGCCAAUCUGAAUAAUAAUUUAUUAGUUCACAAUAUUUGUAAUACUCUGACAAUCGUAGCAGAUCAGCUAUUUGAGAUCUCUGCCCUAUUCACUCAAACCAGCCCUGCAGAAAUGCAGCCAGUCCUUCAUCAACAACCCCAUUCCUGGGGAGUAACUAGCAUAAUAGCCCGGUGUGCUCAGCUUAAGGAUAUUAACCAAAGGCUGCAAAUAGAAUUGGAAACAACAAAAUAUGAACAGUUGCAUAAAUUUAAGGAGCAACAGGAAAUAAUUGGUGCUAAAGAGAGGUAUAUAGAAGAGCUACUUACGAAAUUAUCAAUAGAAAAUACUCUGUGUGCACAUAGUACCGAUUCCCAUCAGUCACCCCUUUCAGACAGCAUCGACGAUGUAAAAAAUAUUGAAGAUCUACAGAAAUUUAUAGAACACUUAGAACACACAGAAAGAUCUACGGCCACUUUGAGCAUAAACUCUUUGAAGCAGAUUUUGGCCGCCGCAAAGUCUAACUCUCUGAUGGCUGAGAGUGUAUUAACUAGCAUAUCGUCAUUACGAAAUGAUUUACCCAUAGAUACGUUGAGAAAUCUAUCAGUAACUCUGUCAACCGGUAUCCGGGAUGGCACAGAGCAUUCUCUAUCCAUUGUCACGACAUCAGAAGGAACUAAUACUCCAAUACGUUUAACUGAGAAGGAAUACCAUACCCUAAAGGAAACGAUUUCUGGCUUGACCCAUUUAUUGUUGUGCUCCUCUGAUACCCUUGGGGAUCAAAAAGUUGAAGAGGAGUGUGAAGCUGAAGGAUGUGGUGAACGUGACUAUGUACUCGAAAAUAAGCAAUCUCCUGGCUCAAUAGAAGAAGAGUUGCCCUUGGAAGAGACAAGCAAGGUGGCCUUAAGUGAAGCUGAGAGUAUAUUGUUGGAUAAAGGUAAAAGCGAUAUAGCAAGUGAAGAUAAAGACACAAGUCCUCCAGAGCAGUGCUCUUCUGACUCUGGAAAAACCACUGAGAAAGGUAGCACAAGCAAACCAACUAUAAUAAUUAAAUCCUUGAAAAAGCCUGCCCAUCAGAAGCGAAAAAUAAGUGUCUGUCUUUCAUCACCAAGUUCAAAUCAGAGCUCCCAGAAGACGAUAGACUCAAAUUCCGAGGAUGAGUUCAGCAAAGAAAAGUCUACAACAGAUAGAUGGAGGGCCCUAGAUACCGAAGAUAUAUGGUAA